CAGUUCUGUGUCAGACACAAGAUAUCAAUCAUGAGUGGAAGAGGCAAAGGAGGCAAAGGGCUCGGAAAAGGAGGCGCCAAGCGUCAUCGCAAGGUUCUACGUGACAACAUCCAGGGAAUCACCAAACCAGCCAUCCGCCGUCUGGCUCGCCGUGGGGGCGUCAAGCGGAUCUCCGGUCUGAUCUACGAGGAGACUCGCGGUGUGUUGAAGGUUUUCCUGGAGAACGUGAUCCGUGAUGCCGUCACCUACACCGAGCACGCCAAGAGGAAGACCGUCACCGCCAUGGAUGUGGUCUACGCUCUGAAGAGACAGGGACGCACCCUGUACGGCUUCGGCGGUUAACUUUACAGCUUGAUCAGAGAGAAACAAACGGCCCUUUUUAGGGCCAC